UUGACCAAGGCCACCGAGUGAAGUCAGAGACUUACUAAGUUGAGUAGAUUUCCAACCGGUUCUUGAGCUCAUUGUGAAUUGAGCCCCCGUGUGUUGUUCGACCAAAGUGCGAUGCACGACCCCUUCGCAGAACGUCUCAGAAGCUAAGCCUUGACGCUAAACGGCGUAACUACCCCCACCCUUGAGGCAGGACGGUGUCGACUCUGGAUGCUUCGUUGACAAGUACCGGAGCCUGGUGAAUAACUCAGAAUGGGCACGGUGAUGAGUGUUGCGCCCAAGGACGGCAGCCGUCUCGGGAAACCGCGGGAAAGCCUGACGACGGGGCUCGGCCCAAUGUACGCCUACGAGCAGCUGAAGAAUGCGAAGAACGUCCCGUCAAAGUCGUUUGUUCAAAACGCGAAAAUUCUCGCACCAAACCCCAAAACCCUGCAACCGGUCAACGGUCAGCUGAAAAAACCGAUCUUCGUUAACUCCUUCAGCUGGAAGAGUUUCGGUCUACCGAAAAAACACAAAACUCAACAAGAGAACAAAAACCCCCACGCUCCGAGAACGGUCAUUACUCAGGAUACGGUUGCACAGGUUUUUCGACCGCCCAGCGCUGAGAACCUUGGUCAGGCACGGAGAGCCAGCCGCGAAAACAACAAUCGAGACAUCUUAGAACAAAAGAAGGAAUGUCGCGACGAUAAGGAUUUCCUCACGCCCGACUCAGGCAUCGGGAGCCAGACCAGUAGCCACCCGAAAUCCCUGUCCGACUGCCGUAAGGACCACUAUUUGGAUAACGCGUUCGGCGAAAAUCUGCAACAUUUUCCACGAGAGCUGAAACCGCAAGAUAAACGGUGGGAUGAUUAUGGAGCGUCCAGGCAAUCGACUCUGCUCCCGUAUCAGGCAAAGCGAGCGGAUUUGGAGCGGGCUCCCCCACUCCCACCGAAACCCACGAUUAAGCAGCUCAUCCCCUCGCCGAAGCCUAUGCGACAGCAGAUUCAGCACGCGGGGAAAACUGUCAUUCAAGCUUCGACUUCAGAGUUACUCCGCUGUUUAGGCGAGUUCCUAGUCAAAACAUGCAAGCGACUGAAGGACUUCCAGGGCGGUGAUGCCGUACUCUGGCUACGAUCUGUCGACAGAUCUCUCCUGCUGCAGGGCUGGCAGGACAUCGCGUUCAUCAACCCGGCUAACGUCGUGUUCCUCUACAUGUUACUCCGGGAAUUGAUCGUCGACGAAGAUUCCGUGUCCUCGGAACGCGAAUUGCAGGCUCUUGUUCUAACCUGCCUCUACCUUUCUUAUUCCUACAUGGGUAACGAGAUCUCAUAUCCGCUGAAACCAUUCCUGAUCGAAGGCGAGAACCGUGAUCUGUUCUGGGACCGAUGUCUGUUCAUCAUCAACAAGUUGUCAUCGAAAAUGCUCAAAAUCAACUCGGAGCCGUCAUUCUUCACACAGAUUUUCACCGAGCUCAAGAAUCACCACCAGCCCUCGCCUAAUGUCAACUGAAAACCCGGCGGAGCAAUCGGGUAAAAAAACGAGACGGAAUACGCGCCGACUUCCGAGAGGAAUCAUACGCAUCAGCUAGGAAUUCCGACGGGAAUUUCCCUCUAUGGGAAUUAACGCUCCCGAUCCGCAUGAGACGCGGACGAGGACGAUGAUGCCAACCUUACCACUACAUGCAUACCCGAAGCCUUUUUUCCUGAAUAAGGCAACCAGUUUUCUGUGAUCUGCACGCCAGAGGGCACAAAUGCUCUAUUGAAACAUUUAGUUUCGGAGGAAAAUAACUUAGCUAAGAGGCAAACUCAAAUAUUGUUCCUUCUAACGACUCCGGAUCACUUGGAGCGAGGAAGAAUUCCGCUGCGCGGAACAUGGCUC